AUUAGGUAUGCACGUAUGUAUAUAAUCAGGAGAUGGUCUUAUAGAGGAAGAGUUGAGAAUAAUUGAGUAAAAUAUGUCUAAUUUAUGUUUCACUCUAUUAUAUGAUAAUUUUGCCAUCACCAUGAACCUUAUUUUGUAUGUUAGCUCGACAAAUCUACUGCUAGCUUGGAGAGAGUGAUUGUUCGGUUACAAACCACUUAGGUUUCGUUGGAAGUUGUGAUUGUUAGAAUUGUGUUUGUUGAAUACAUGUAUUGUGCACAAUACAAUGUUUGGAAGUGUCAAAGUGUAAAACAAUGAAUGCAUUGUUUUAGCUAGGUCCCCCAGCAAUCACAAAAAAUGAUGCAUUAUACAAUCUCAACUAAAAGUUGUGAUUGUUGAUUUUAGAUUUGUGUCAACUUUUUCUUUCCAUUUAUAUCCCUAUUAGAUUUUGUCUUAAGACAUUUUCCCAUAAAACUAACUUUAUGUAAAUCAAUGCAUAAAGUAGAAUCUUAACAACCAAACAAUGUAUUGUUAAAAUGCAUACAUUGUAUCAAUACAUGCAUUUAUAUUAUGGUGAUUCAUUACAAUGUAACGAUUUACCAUUCGCAACUUUCAAACGACCCCUUAGAUUAAUAAACACUUUAUUACAUUUAUUAACCAUUUUGAUAUAGUUCUCAUAAUUUAGUGACCAUUUCGACAAUUUCACCAUUUGACAUUAACGGGAGAGACGGGGACUGGACGAUCCAGUUCUUCCCGUAAAUUCAGAAAAAGCGGAUUCCUAUUUCCCGCAAAAAGAAGUUGCCCACUUUCUGAAACCCUUUUGCCUUCUUCUUCUUCUUCUUCUUCUUGUUCUUCUUCUUCCGUGUAAGAAUAUUCUGCGCCAGCGGCUGUAAUUACAUGUGGUUGAAAUUCGCUUCUUUUUGGUCGUAUCGUUUAAUCAGUUCUUUACCCAAAUUCCCAAAAUUCCCAGGUUAUGGACGCAGCUGCGUGAUUCCAUUGGGAACAAUAGGAAUUCGAGCUGGAGUCCGCUCAGCGAUUCGACAGCUUUGGUGGGUUGGUUCUACUAUAUAUACAUGGAGUCGGAUACGUUGGUGGAGGAGAAAACCACGCUGUGAUCGCCAUUUCUCCUCCAGCGUUGGAUUUCGGUAAUUCCUUUUCUAUGUAUUAUUGCCUUUGAUUGUUUGCUCGAAGAAUUUGUUUUUCAUGCUAUCUUCGUUUCCUCUGUCCCGAAUGGCAGGAUAGUUUCCUUGGUGGAGGAUUUUGAGGACCCAACAGAGUUUGAAUUAAGAUAUGGGGAACCAGACGGCUGGACACGAGGGAAAUAACCAAGAAGCUGACAUUGGGGCGGUGAUUCGUAAUGGAAAGGAAGUUCUUUUCCAGGCUUUUAAUUGGGAGUCUCACAAGCAUGACUGGUGGAGAAAUCUGGAGAAGAAAGUACCUGAUAUGGCAAAAUCGGGGUUCACUUCAGCUUGGUUGCCUCCACCUUCUAAUUCUUUCGCAUCUGAAGGUUACCUUCCACAGAAUCUUUACUCACUCAACUCAGCAUAUGGUUCUGAGCACCUAUUGAAAGCUCUGCUUCACAAGAUGAAGCAGCAUAGAGUGAGAGCAAUGGCUGAUAUUGUUAUCAAUCAUCGAGUCGGGACAACCAGAGGGCACGGUGGGAUGUACAACCGCUAUGAUGGAAUUCCAUUAUCAUGGGAUGAGCGUGCUGUUACCAGUUGUACUGGUGGAUUGGGAAAUCAAAGCACUGGUGACAACUUCCAUGGUGUUCCAAACAUAGACCACUCACAGCACUUUGUGCGCAAAGACAUUACAGCUUGGCUGCAAUGGCUGCGUUACACCAUUGGAUUUGAAGAUUUUCGUUUUGAUUUUGCAAGAGGCUAUUCGGCUAAGUACGUGAAAGAGUACAUUGAAGGAGCCAAGCCAAAGUUUGCUGUUGGAGAGUAUUGGGAUUCUUGCAACUACAAUGGCAGUUACUUGGAGUACAAUCAAGAUAACCAUAGACAAAGGAUAAUCAAUUGGAUUGAUGGCACAGGACAGCUCUCAGCUGCAUUUGACUUCACUACUAAAGGAAUCCUUCAGGAAGCAGUUAAGAGUCAAUUAUGGCGUCUUCGCGACUCUCAAGGGAAGGCUCCAGGUGUAAUAGGAUGGUGGCCGUCGAGGGCUGUCACAUUUCUUGAUAACCAUGAUACAGGAUCAACCCAGGCUCAUUGGCCUUUCCCUUCACAUCAUAUCAUGGAGGGCUAUGCAUAUAUUCUCACACAUCCAGGGAUACCAACUGUCUUUUACGAUCACUUUUACGACUGGGGUGACUCUAUUCAUGACCAGAUUGUGAAACUGGUCGAUGUUAGGAAGCGUCAGGGCAUCCACAGCCGAACCCCCAUCAGGAUUCUGGAGGCACAGCCGAAUUUAUACUCUGCAAUGGUAGGGGAGAAGGUGUGCAUGAAAAUGGGAGAUGGUUCCUGGUGCCCUGCCGGAAAAGAGUGGAGCCUCGCAGCCAAUGGGCAUAGAUAUGCUGUGUGGCAAAAGUGAUGGAAUGGAUGCCCAGGUUUUCAGUACCAUACCUGAGAGGACAAAAAAAAAAGGUUCUGAACCAUUGCAGGAUGCAAAGGAAUGUACUAACUUGGCCUGAAUAAAUGAUAUGCCUGAGCCGGGAAGGGAAUAAGACCAAAGUGGCCGCCUAUAUUUGUUUUUUUUUUAAUUUUUUUUUUGUACAAUGCAAAAUGAAAUCCUCCAUCAGUAUCAGUACUUUGUAAGAUUUUCUCCAUUUUAAAUUCUCUGCUUCCUCCUUAAUUGUAGAUAGGGUUAUAAUAGUAAAUGUCAUCUUACUUUUUAAUAAGUAAAAAAUAAUUAUAAUUUUACUGCCUGCAAGAUUUGAACUAGGGCUGAGAAUCUAGACCAAAUCGUAUGGGAAACCGCGGUCUAGACCGUAUCGUAUGGUUUGGUAUGAACUGUGAGACCAGAACUAUGGUCUAGUCUGGUUUGCGGUCUCCUCCUUUAGUGCGUGGUCUGAAGUGGUCUGGACCACAGUCUACCGCAGUAAACUGUAACAGACCGCGACACACUACCUACUAACUCGGACAAAAAUAUCACUAAAUUGAACCUCCAUUUGUGUAUUUGAAGAACAAAGUUAGUUGAUUCUUCAUCUAGUUGAGAGCCAACAAAUUGCCAAAUGAUCGCUUAUGUGUUAUCUCCUUAUCAAAGAACCACACAAAAACCAGAAAGACUCAUAAAUAAUAUUCAGACAAUGUCUGUGACUAUGGAGUCGAUAAAAAUUAAACACUAGGAAAAAAAAAUUGUUCACCUUGAUGAGAUAAGGAAAAUUAUUGAGAGAUAUGAGACCAUUUUAGUGGUUCAAAAUUACCUCGACAUCAUUACAAAGGUUAUCAACCGGGAGAAUCUUCGGAUCACUCGAGAGAGGAGAAAGGCGGUAGCACAAAGAGGAAUAGGGAAACAAAGCUAUUUGAUGUGUGUGUGUUUGAAAAUUGAAAAAACUCACUUCUAUCCACAUAUUUCUUCUCAUUUAAUUCCUACCACAAUUUUUUUUGUUUCACUAGCAUAUUGGUCACUAUAAUUUUUAUUUUUAUAGAUACCGACGAAGGGUUGAAGGGCGAACAAGAAUUAAUUUUUUUAACAUGGUCUGUCUGGUACAUACCGGACCGCACCGCAAAGGUGUGGUCUGGUCUGGACCGUAUAGUAAUAUGGUCUGGUCCAUGGUUUGUGUUCCAACCUCUCGGUCUAGACCACAGACCGUAUCUAUGGUCUGGUCUGGACCGGACCGCACCAUUUCCCACCCCUAAUUUGAACCUUGGUUGUUUUAAAUAGAGACAAGGGUUGUAACCAAUCACACAACAUUAAUUUGUUGUAUCCCUUUAAAUUAAAAACACACCUGAAGCUAAAAUCGGAAAAUCACAGAACUUUUCAAUGGUUAGCUAGCCAAGUAAAACUCCGAUAAGUACUUAUUGAUGUUCGAUACUUCAAUUUUUAUAUUGUGAUUAUUUUAAUAAUUUUUUUAAAAAUGAGAAAUUCAUUAAUUAAAUAAGGAGUUAAGAGUUAAACAAGUUACACAACGAAGGCACACUCACCAGAGAAAACAAGAUAAACAACCCCUAUCCCAAACGAAGACACAAACAGAAACAAACCAACAAAGAACAACAGGGCCAAAUAAGGAUAGCUUUAAAAUCACAACUCAAAUAUCAAUGGUUCGAAUAUUGCAUAUCAAAAUCCAAUAUUGAAUAUGCAUAAUUCUUAUUAAUUUUUAUAACUACUAUGAAGCAAUCGUAUUCAUAUCUUUGUGCGAUAUCAAUGACAUUGGUCCUUUGAACGUUUUAGCCCGGUAACUACUAAGUUUUAAACCCCUUUCUAAUCCGGCAUGAUUGGAUCCAACAAUCAUUAGACGAGGUUAAGUUUAAUAUGUAUGUUCAUUUCACCCUUUUUAUGUGUUAAUGAAUAUAUUGGGCAAAU